AUGUCACUCCAGAGGCCUCACCAAGAUCGGCCCCUCGCCCCUUUUGCAAGCUACCAAGGUGCGAUUGAUACGUCACUCAUCACUCCCGACACUCAUGAGACUAUGGUCGUCACCAAUCACAUUACAUUGCAGCCCAAGAUGAACCGCGUCUCUGUCUACACCAUGGUGAUGGAUGAUCUACCUUCCGAUCCAUCGGCCCGAACAUGCCCUUCUGCGUCCAUACCACAACAACCAGAGCGAAAGCGUGUGUUUGAGGCGCUUUGCAAGCUGCAGCCGCUUCAAGGACGGGACGACUUCACCACAGAUUAUGAAACGCUCUGGAUUGAAUCUGCUCUCCCGCCUCCCCUCACCUUCCACAACGUCACAUAUCACAAUGAGAUCGGACAGCCAGUCGUUGUUCCAAGGGUGGUGUUCAAACUCAUUCACCACGUGAAUCUAUCUCGUGGCUCUCCUGAAUUCGCAGGCGCAGACACGAAGUAUUACAACCCAGUUGGACUGACCAGAGCUGUGAACAAUUUGAUCAUUCACUCCAUCACGAGCCAGGCCCCCGACACCCUGUUCCCAUCCGGCUCAAAUCAAUUCUUCAUCGAAUCAAAGGGUCCUCUGUCAGACUCUGUGGAAAAUGAUGAGACGCUGCCUGAGGCGCUUCAGGUUCAGCGCGGCUACUACACAUCCAUCAGACCUGGAACACACAACAUUCUCCUGAACAUCGACAUCAUUCAUGGGACUUUUCUCAAGCCAAUGGUUGUGUCUCACUUCCUGGACGACAUGGACGAAUAUUUCCAGCACUAUGGAGAUGCCUCCGAUCUGCUUGUGGGUCGGGCGGUACGCAUCAUGUACGAGCGACCAACUCUGGAAGAUGGCAUUGACAGGAACGCCGAAGCAAAUCGAAUCAAGAUCGUUCUGGAAACAGGCGAAGUGCCACAGAUUCAACAAUUCGAGAGCGGAGGCAAGAUGUGGACAGUGAAGGAGUGGUUCGAAAGCCAAGGCAUCGUAAUCAACGAACUGCAUCAUGUUUGUCUCAACGUCGGUUCUACCUCCAACUCCCUCUGGCUUCCAGCUGAGCUUGUCGAGCUCAUGCCCAACCAGAUCUUUGAUAGGCCGCUUGGCGUCGAUCACAUGAAAGCCAUGUCAAAGAUUGCCGAUCAGCACCCAGCGAUGAAUCAAGCUGCGAUUCAGGAAGAAGGACUCGCUUUGCUUGAACAUGGCAGUCUCAACAAUGAUCUGAGUCGCAAGCUGUUCUCAGGCUCCGGGAAAGCGCUUCUCCAGAUUCCCGCAACCAUUCUUGCAGCUCCCACCAUUCAAUACCGAAACGGUAUCCAAAAGCCAACCGAGAAUAAUGCCAGCUGGGACAUAGGUGGUGAACCCUUUGUCAAUUUUACCAGUCCGGCAGUGAAAAUCAACAGCAAGCUCUGUGUUCUGGAUUUUCGUCUGGCGGAUUCGAAGCCUUCACCUGGAAAUUUCGCACAGCUGUGGAUGGAAUGCUGCGAGUCUCAUGGUCUGUUCGCUCCUGGUUGGAAGAUUUCGCCUGAUGAGGCGGAGAAUGUCAUGUCCACACACGCUACUUUGCCUGAGACUUUGGACAAGGCAGAGUACUUUCGUGAGAUGCAGCAGAUCAUGGAGACGGUACAGGAGAAGAUGAAGCAGAUCGUGGAGACGUUACAGGAGAAGCAGCAGAUCAUGGAGACGGUAAAGGAGAAGCAGCAGAUCCUGGAGACGGCACAGGAGACUUCAAGUGCAACAUUUCUGGUCGUCCUCCUGCCAGAUGUUGACGCAGCUGCGUACGCAGCAAUCAAACGCAUUGGAGAUACGAAAUUGGGUAUGCACACCAUAUGCUGCGAGGCACCGACGAUUUGCUGCGAAGAACUGGAAUCGGAAGGAUUCAAGUUCCAUCCAUACGACAAAAUGGUCUUGAGACAAAACUUGAAGGCACCGAAAAGUCAGAACCAUACGGUCAUGGAUUCAGACGUAUCGGCAUUUGCUGCGUUGGCGUCAAACACUCUCGUCAUUGGUGUCGAUGUCGUUCAUCCAGGAAACGACACACCAUCCAUUGUUGCCAUGGUCGGCAGUACGGACGCAGACUUUGCCACAUUUACCGGCCAAGUUCGCCUCCAGCGUGCUGAACAAAGAGUCCUGGAUCGAGAAGUUGCACGAGAACUGGUGGGGAAGUCCAUCGUGAACUGGAGUACAGCUCAUCCAAAGGAUAAACUCCAACGUAUCAUCUACUAUCGCGAUGGUGUUGAAGAGGAUGAAUACCACCUUGUCAAGGAAAAUGAAAUCACUGCGAUUCAGGAAGCUAUCAUCGCUGAGACGAAAGGAUUUGAUGAAGUCUCCAUCACAGCGAUCAUGGUGAGCACUCAACACCACACCAGCUUCUUCGCGCCCAACGACUCCACGACCUUCGAAGAUUUCACCGGCCACGACUCUCAACCACCAGGAGAUCAAAACUUGAACGGUCCUGUCCAACCAGGACUUCUAGUCGACUCAAUCAUCACGCAACCCUCAAUCAGCAAUCUCCAAGAUUUCUUCUUGCAAUCCCACGUCGCUCCCAUGGCCGGUGGUACCGCUCGACCCACCCACUACAUGAUCCUUCAGAAUGAUCCGGAGAGCAGCAAAUUCACUCUGAAACAAUUGGAACUCCUCACCCAUGCUUUCUGCUACAAUUACGCUGCUGCUACGGAAGCUGUACCUUAUUGCACUCCAGCGUACUAUGCUGAUCAGUUGUGUGAUCGAGUGCAUCAGUACUUGAAAAGCUACUUGGGUGUUGAGCGGCCGUGUUUGGAGCCUUAUGUUGGCGAAUCUCUGGAUGAUUUUCGCGAACGCAUUCGGGAUUAUAUUGUGGAUGAUACUAAUUGGAUUGCGGAGGGUAGGGAUAACCCGUGGCAUUCUGACAUGGAUGAUGUCAUGUUUUGGUUGUGA